AUGAUAGAUCAUGUCCUUGGACGUCCUUCCCCGGCCCUGCGUCGAACGCAGAUAUUCCUCGUACUGUUCUUCUGGAUAUGGCGACUGUACAAAGGGGAUGGUGCUCCCCGUUCGAGCCUAACGAGGUCUGCAAUAAGUCCCUCACCAAGUCAGAGAGCACAGCUUCGUGGGACGCAUAAUCAGAGAGCUUGGAUAGCUAGAGUAUGGGUGAAGAUCGUAGGGAGGAGGAUGGUCCGGUGGACAGGCAAUAUGAACGAAAAACUAAAACAUUUCACACCUUACCAAUUGAUAUUGGGUACUUUGACCUUAGUGUAUGCUUUAAGACAUCUUGAUGAUUUACUAGGACUUGGAGCACCUGAACCUCUAGCACGCUUGUACACACGGUCUUACUAUCGUGCGACAUACGUGAAUACCGCUUUCGAUGCCGGAUUCGCAUCAGCCAUGUCAAUACGGCCAAAAUGGCUCAAGGAUAUAUUUAGCAUGUUGUUCACGGGGUAUUACCUUGUUUGGGCUACUGAAGGCGAUGAAGUGCUUCGAAGAUUUAGAGCCGUCUGCUCGGUCGAGAUGCUUAGAGUCACUUGGGAAAAGACCAAGAACCCUUAUGUACGACUAUUGACGACUUUCCACCGACCCCGUCUCCCCAUUAUCCGUCAUCUCACUAUCCCUCGACCACCCACUUCUUCUCGUUCAAACCUACCCUCAGUGAAAGCGAUGUUGUUCUUCAACGGUACAGAUGCCGAAUUAGCCGCCGCGCAGGAGUUGGUCGUCGAUUACCCUGGAGGAGGUUUUGUAGCGAUGGGACCUGAUUGUCAUGAAGAGAGAUUAAGGACUUGGGCGAAAAGGACCGGUAAACCUGUACUAGGUGUGGAUUAUGGGAAAGCACCUGAAUAUCCAUACCCAUGGGCUAUCGAAGAGGGGUUCGAUGCGUAUCGGACUCUCAUGGAGACUCAAGGUCGAUGUAUUGGAAUUGAAAGUGGUAAAUUGGGUAUCGUUUUGACUGGUGAUUCAGCCGGUGGGAACAUCUGUGCUACGAUCAUGCUACGUAUUUUGGAGCACCCGACUGGUAUUCCCAAACCAGUAUCAAUGAUCCUCGCCUACCCAGCCUUAGACUUCAACUUCACUUCUUGGAUGUCGCCUACCAACUUACGUGUACUCCGCACUGAACAAUCCGAGACUCAAAUUCCUGGACUAGUUCAUGGUAAAGAUCAUAUGAGGCAUAAGUCACCAUUAAGCGUUGUGAACGAUAUAGAUAGUGGAAGGCGUAGAUCAGGUAGACAACGGCGGAAGAGCUGGGCGCAAACCAUAUCAGGGAAAUUACCCAAUCUUAUGAGCCCAGCGGAUGAAAAGAAUCCUAACGGAGGAACCAAAAGUACCCCGGCUACACCUUCUACGAGAAUCAAAGAUCUACCUAGAAGCAUGUCGGCCAAAGUGGUCGGAUGGCUUGCCGGUGACAAUGGUGAUAGCGGCAACGCAUCGGAGGAAGAAGAGGAGGAGGAUGGGGAUGAUCAUCAAGAUACGGUUAAACCGGAUUAUCGACCUGAAGCUGAGCGGUCUCUAGCGGAUAGAGUGAAGACCCCAGCAGAUGAGAAGAAAUUCAUUUUCAGUCCUGUAGAAUCACCUAAACCAGUUGAGACUCCAGAUCCAGCUCAGGAAGAUAAAGAUAAUGUGGAUCAAAUCGUUGCGAAAAAGAGAAAGAAGCUGCCUAUCGGUACCAGACUGACCAUGACUAGUCGGGUAGGAUAUUUCCAGGAUCGAAUCAUAUCUCCAAGUAUGAUGCGAGCCAUGGCAAUUCUUUAUGUUGGACCACGACGAAAUCCAGAUUUCGAGACGGAUUACUACAUCUCUCCUAUCUUAUCGCCACCUCAUCUUCUCGCUCAUUUCCCUCCGGUCUACCUGAUCUGUGGAGAGCGUGAUCCCUUUGUCGACGACACGAUCAUCUUCGCCGGUAAGAUCAGAGAAGCGAAGAAAGCUAGACGAUCUCAGGCAGAGUACACUGCUCGUGGCAGGUCUGCUAAAUACGGCGAAUACCUGCAAAUGUCGACUGGGAAAUCCAAAACCCCGAUUGAUGAUCUACCUGAUCCCAUACUGAGGGAAUCAGACGAUGAUUGGGUACAACUUCGGAUCAUCGAAGGAUGGGGACAUGGUUUCAUGCAGAUGUCUUCGCUAAUGAGGGAGGUGGAUCCUGUCCUGAUUGAAAUGGCAGAUUGGAUUGACGAGUCUUUCAUCAGACAUGCAGAGAAACAGAGGGAUAUGGAAGAGGUGGCUGCUGCUCAUCAAGCUGCCAAGCAGUCCCUUCAAGCUGAGGAAAGAGCUAUAAUGGUUCCGGAAGACCAUCUAAUGCCACCUAAUUCCAUGCAUGUGAAACCAUCGAGGAACUACAAGAAAUCACCUUCCUCUACUCCAUUGGGAAAUGCAGAUCUAGGUUCAUCGUAUCUAGGAAGAAGACGAAGUGAUGCACAAGAAGAAGGGGAGAGUGAGAAUGAUGUUCCUGAAGAUAAUAUGGUCACGUUCACACCUAAGUCUAAAGAUAAACCAAUCAAAAGAAGAUUACCGCCACCGUCAAAGUUCCAUCCUGUACCUCGACGACCAUCCAAAGAGAGAUUGGAUUUACACCGAUCGAAUUCGAUGCCGAAAUUCGACAUGGACGAAACUGGUUCAUCGGGAGAAGCUAUGUCAGUGAAAACUCCACCUUUACAAUUGAGGAAUCUACCGUAUGAUGGUGGACAGGAUGAAGGUAAAAAAGGUUCCGGUGCUUUCGCUUUCUUCGGUGGUGGCGAUAGAGGCAGUACACGAUCAAAUUCCAAUAGGAUCCCCAAUCCACCACCUCAUAAUCUAUUCGGUCUACCACUCAGAUCUGGAUCCUUGGAUCGAGAAAGAAGACUUUCGGGUGGAUCGAUGGUUCCUGCACCAGCUACCACGGGAUCUGGGACACCUCCAACCUCUUCGUCCGUGGCUCAGCAGGACAAACCUAAAAAUUCAUUAGUGGCAGCUGCUGUUGCUGGAGCGCGAGCUGCCUCACCCGCUUUGGCCGCAGCAGGGUUCGUACCUCAGAAAGUGGGUGAUGUGAGUGAGGCGGAACUGAUGAGGAGGAGAAGGAUGGAAGCUGUUUAUGGGAUUGGGGGUGUCACGCAGGAACAGGGACAUGAUGGGUCGGAGGGUGAGGAAGAGGAGGAGAUGGGCUGA